AAUUCAUUCUCCAGUAUGCUCAUCUGAUAGAACCCAUUGGAAAAAGGAUGCGGAAUGUAAUAGAUUACAUUAAGGUUUGUAACAACAACAACUUUAUUAUGUAUCUUAUUGUUGUUGUAAAUAAUAAUCAUUAUGAUAUAGUCUAUCAAUCAGGGUUGUUAGUUCAGACUGAACCUAUCGAAGACCCUUAUAGUCCUUCAAUUGUUGACGAAAAACUAGAAGCCAUUAUUGUGAGUAAGGAAACGCUACGAGGCGGGCUAGCUGUCAACAAGAAGAGAGGCGAAAAAGGUUUUUCCCAACUUAAGGUUGAAGUCGUUGAUCUAGUGUCUGAAGAAGGAACAACAACGGGAAAGAAGCUGAGUUCUUCUACCCUAAGGAGGCGCGAAGCAGAAAAGCUUGAGAAAGAUCAACAAGUAUAAGUUAU